UGAAUAAAACUUUUUUUCAUUGGAUUAAGUCGAAGCGUGCGAACAUUAAUUCAUAGAUUAGAUCUUUGACGUCAUAUACCCUCCUCUUUCAAAUCAUUAUUUUAUUGGUUAAUUUCGCAGCUACGAGAAUCACACGUUGUACCAAUGAUACGAUUGGACGAAUUUAAGAUUUCACGUGAACAGUAGUUAUAGUCAGAGACCGAAAUUGGAGCGAAAGGAAAAGGACGUUUAAAAUUACUUCAUGGUGUUUGAGGGAAUUUAAAUGGACAUGCAUGCUAAGGUUUAUUGCUGACAUUAGAAAUACCUCAAAACCACAAUGCCUAUCGAUCUAGAGAUGUUUUUAUCUGCUAGUCCACCUUCCUUUACCCAUUCAGCAUUUUUGGACUUUCAUUAUGACGUUUACUAUCGAAAUGCUAAAAACAAAAGAUCCAUCCCACAAGUGAAAACACCAUUAACAAGAUCUUGUAUUAGCAAUCAAGUUACUUCGGUGAAAUCGAAAAAGAAAGUACAGUUUGCUGAUGAUAAAGGACAAGCUCUGACCAUUGUUCACAUAUUACCCGAAUUACCUCCGGAAGGAGCCGAUCUUCAAGAGGUAACAAGGGGACUUAAACCACAAGUGGCAUCAGAUACAACAUGGCAACCGGCCUUUGCUCAACCUUCGACCAAUUAUGCAGAUUUUCGCUCCAAACUGGAUAGCUGUAACGUUUGUUUAGAGAAUGCUGUAGUUCGUGAAGGAGAAGAUACAAUUACGGGUACCAUCAAAGUCAAAAAUAUAUGCUUCGAGAAAGAAGUUUUAGUACGAGUUACGUUCAAUCGUUGGAUGGAAUAUUCUGAUUAUUCGGCAUCUUACGUGAAUAGUGCAUCGCUGAUGGAUCAGACUUCUGUUGAUACUUUUGCUUUCUCUGUUCCCAUACCGUCUUCGGCUGAAAAAUAUGAAGUGAUUUCUUUUUGUAUCUGCCUGAAAACACCUACAGGUAAAUUCUGGGAUAAUUACGAUGGUUCAAACUAUCGUAUGGUGCUGGUAAGGAGGAAAAUAAGAGAACAUUCGUGCACCGAAACCCAAAAAAAAUUUACCGAUCUUGACACUGCUGAUUUUGACAGAUGGUCAGAGUUUGCUAGUUGGAACAAUUUAAUAACUAUUGGACCUUAUUGGUAAUUGGUAUGAACAAAAAUAUUCUUGUAUAUAAAUGUAAAUAUAAACUAUAAAUACUUGUAUAUAAUGUGUAAUUAAAGUAA